CCUACCCCAAUCCGGCCCGAUGCGGCUCUAGUGCUGCCGCCGUGCCCUACCUCUCCUCCGCGGCAUCCAAUCCGUCAGCGCAGCGCCUCCCCUCACCAUCAAUCUCUCUACCCAACCCCAACCCUAACGCCCCUCCGGUUGUCACGCGCGUCGCCGCCGUCGCGGUUCUCUCAUCGCAUACCUGCUGUCUCAACUCCGUCCGGAAUUUGGCCAUUGGUUUCCGAGGGCUGGAGCAUGGACCCACCAAGUUCAGAUCCAUACCAACCUUCGGCUUCUGGUGAUCAUCCUCGGUCUUCUUCAAGUGGGUCCUCCUGGAACUAUUCAGUGGAUAAUUCAAACCAAAAUGCAGCUUAUUAUGAUCCCCAAAGGGACGUCUCGGUUUCAGGAUCCACUCAAAAUGUGACAAAUGGCGUACCUCAUGUGAUUCAACCGGUUAUGGGCACAACCAAUGCAACCAAUACUUAUGCGCAUUACUCAAAUUCUGUUCAACCUGGCUAUAAUGCUGCACAGUAUCCAAGCUAUUACUAUCCACAAUCUGCAAACAGUUCUUCUGUUCAACAAGGAGUAAAUCAAAGUUCAGGUGCUGUUUAUCAGCCUCUUACUUCAUUUCAGAAUUCAGGAUCUUACGUUGGUCCUACAAGUAACACAUAUUAUAAUGCUGGUGCUGAUCAGACUGCGCCAGGAUAUGCUACCAACAACUAUUACUAUCAAAACAAUGCUUGGGCUGGAGGAAGUUCUGGAGAUAUUCAUGCCCAAACUUAUCAGACUUACACCCCGUCAGAUACUAAUGCAGUUCAGAGUUCUACUUCUCUGCCCACCAAUUCUAUACAUUAUCAUCAACAAUACAACCAGUGGUCUCAUUAUUAUGAUCAGUCUGCACAGAACUCCGGUGGCAUUGCAGUUUCUGGCAGCAGUGCUUCUGAUACAAAAGCUGGUAGUGCCGGUUCUGGUUAUGCAUAUCCUAGCACCCAGCCACCUCCACCGGGCACCACACAAUGGAAAGGUGAUGGUGUUGCACCUACUGCACCUCCUCCACAGGCAGCGGGAAGCUCAGGGUUUCAAAGCCAGCACAUCAACCAGGUACCUGGGGCCCCAGGCUUUCAAAGCCAGCACCUCAACCAAGCACCAUGCGCCCCAGGGUUUCAAAACCAGCAUGUCACCCAGGCACCAGGUGCCCCAAGGUUUCAAAACCAUCAGGUCAACCCGGAACCAGGAGCCCCAGGUUUUGAAAACCAUUAUACUAACCAGGCAUCUGCAGUACCGGUGUUUCAGAACCAGUAUGUUAACCAAGCAUCAGCAUGCCAACAGAGCUCUGCAAAUUAUAGCCAGUUAUCACUAAGUAACCAAGCUGAUCAACAGAAACCUUUGCAUGCACAAGGUUUUCCAAUGGCAAUCCCGAAAGUCGAGAAGAAAAAUUUAGUAGCUGAUUCAUCACUAAAACCUGCUUAUGUUGGUGUUUCCAUGCCCAAGAAUGAUGUGAAGGCAGCUCAAGAUGGAAACGGAGCUACAAUGGAGGCAUCAAUCCCUGUUUCACUUUGUACUUAUGUUGAGCGGAAUCUUGCCCGUAGCAAGGAUGAUGCCCAGAGGUCUGCCGCCAAAAGCAUAUUGAAGGAGAUAAUUAUGAAGGCAACUGCUGAUGGGACCCUUCAUACUAAGAACUGGGACAUUGAGCCGUUAUUAGCUUUGCCAGAAAAUGUUACGGGCACAAAUAUGACAAGCACUUUGAAGGAUCCGAAUCCCUUCUCCUUUUCAACAUCUAGGAGGAGCCCGAGUAGACGUACAAAAAGUAGGUGGGAGCCUGUUGCAGAGGAAAAAGUUACUGACAAGGUAGAAAUGGUUUCCAAAGAUUCUGCAAAAAGUAAUGUCAGCAGUACUUGGGAAACUGCCAAAAGACCGGGUAACAGUUGGGAUCUCGGGAAGUGCCUCCAGUCCCGUCAAGCUCCUCUGAGCCAAUGGAAUCAGGGGCCCUAUAAAAAGCAGCGGAUUGGUGCUAAUUCAAAUCUAACAAAAAAUGGAAAUGCUUCAAGUGACAGUGAUAAGGAGCAGGAUCUUACGAAAUAUUACGCCAGUGCAAUUGCAUUAAACAAUUCGCCCGAGGAGAAGAAACGCCGGGAGCAUAGAUCUAAGCGUUUUGAACGUGGUCAGGGGGCAUCAUCAAAAUCUAGAAGUUCUAUACCGCAGAAGGAUGGAAUUGCCAAUGUAUAUGCAAGGAGGGCUAUGUCCAUGGUUCUUAAUAGAAGUAAUGGAGAUGGUGCUAGCUUGGCAGUGGAGGAUUUGGAUUGGGAUGCACUGACAAUCAAGGGGACAUGCCAGGAAAUUGAGAAACAAUAUCUACGCCUUACAUCAGCACCUGAUCCUGCCACUGUAAGGCCAGAAGAUGUCUUAGAGAAAGCUCUUCACAUGGUUGAAACAUCUGAAAAGAAUUACUUCUAUAAAUGUGACCAAUUGAAGUCUAUUAGGCAAGACCUUACUGUUCAGAGGAUUCAGAACGAGCUGACGGUCAAGGUUUAUGAGACUCAUGCACGUUUAGCACUUCAAGCUGGAGAUUUGUCCGAAUAUAAUCAGUGCCAAUCGCAGCUGAAGAGGUUAUAUGGCGAAGGUAUUCAGGGUUGUCACCUUGAGUUCUCUGCUUACAACUUGUUGUGUGUCAUGUUACACUCUAAUAACAAAAGAGAUUUGCUUUCAUCGAUGGCAAGCUUGUCAAAGGAAGAUAAGCUGGAUGAGUCCGUGAAGCACGCACUUGCAGUUCAUUCUGCUGUUUCAUCUGGAAACUAUGUCAUGUUUUUCAAAUUAUACAAGCAAGCACCUGGGUUGAGUUCAUGUCUGAUGGAUCUAUAUGUUGAGCGAAUGCGUUUUGAGGCAAUAAAAUGCAUGUCAAAAUCAUAUCGCCCAACUGUACCUGUGAGAUAUGCUGCACGAAUUUUGGGAUUCACAAGAGUAGAUGAGGUUUGCGAGGCUAAAGUAGCUGAUGGAUUGGAAGAAUGCACUGAAUGGUUAAAAGCGCAUGGUGCUGUUCUUUCAGUAGACAACAAUAAUGGGGAACUACAGAUAGACACAAAAGUUUCUUCUACUUCUCUAUACAUGCCAGAACCUGAUAAUGCUGUUUCACAUGGUGAUGCAUCUCUUGCCGUGGAUGAUUUUUUGGCACGGGCGUCAUAAACAAUGUCAUGGUAACUGUAGAGGGAAACUCUAUUGAUGCAGGACAUGCACAUGGACCGGAUGAAGGGUAAGCACUGGCUCUUGAAACGAGUUGGCUUGAAGAACGGAAUGCACUCAGCAUGUGAGCAGGCAACUUUUUAGUAGCCUCAGAUUGUGCGCUGGUGCCGUUGGAAUCACUGGCAAGGCCUGAUAAGUGGAGCUCUGUAAGUUUUGUGUCGCAAACAAAAAUAUAGGACAACAUUAGAAGAUAUGACUCACCUGCUGAAAAGUUAUACAAGUCAGGGCAUUGUUUCUGUACUGCCAGCUAGGCGUCGAAGUGUAUAUGUUGUAGAAAAUCUGGUUAAUUCAAUUCAGUGUAUUGUACAUUUUUUGUUUCACAGAGGUUGCUCUGACGUUUUUCUUCGCUGAUUAGCUGCAAGAGUUAGUCGGAUUUGAUGAUGCUGA